UCUAACUUUCAACUUAAUUUAGAUAAUAUUAGCAUUAAUGGCAUUUACGUACUAAGAUAUUAAUAUUCAAAUUAACCAGUAAACCACGAAUGUAAACAUUAUUUACGUACAUGCUAAACAUAAAUUAAAUCCAUUGAGAGGAAAAGAUAUAAAAGAAUGUAAAUUCAGCAUAAUGUGCAGCCUGCUGCUGUCACUGUAAAACCAGUUUGUGUUGUAUCACGUUUAUGAUAAUCUAUAAAUACGUGAUUAAAAUUCAUGUGGCAUCUUAACAAGUAUUGUUUUCAGUUUUAUGUAUUACCUCUACACAUUAUGACAGUAAAAUACAUCUUUGUAAUUAUUUUGUGUUUCUCUGAGAAAACUGUACACAGUUCAGAAUGUGGUGUUUUAAAGAACGCAAAUAACCCUCCUUGGAACAUAGGGAUAUAUAAAGGAAUAAAGAAUAAUAAUUUGGAAAUAGUUUGUCUUGGGACUGCCAUUAAAUCAAACCUCAUUGUGACAGCCGCACAUUGCUUAUGUGAUCAAUCUGGAAAGCUCAGAAAUGAGGAAUUUUAUGUAUCCUCAAAAAAACUUGACAAAAAUAUUAAAGACAACAGAAAUUUGCAAAAGGUGGAAAAAAACAAUGUAUUUCUUCAUCGUGCAUUCAAAGGUGAUGUAAAGCAUGGAGACAUAGCUGUUGUGAAGUUGCAAAUGAACUUAAAAAAUGAUGAAUCUAUACCCAUUUGCAUCGACUGGGAAAAUACUACGCCGUUGUUACAUGAUGGGGAAAAAUUUAGACAUUCAUCUUGGCAGAAUGGCAAUCUUAAAAUGAUCGAUGUCUCCUAUGUAGAUUAUGAAAAUUGUCCAAAUUUGGCAUCAACUUCUUUUAGAAAAUUCCUUACAAGUGAUAAAUUGUGUGCCAAGUCUGUUAAGGGCUUAACAGCAGGUGAUUUAGAUGAAGGAUCCGGCUUGGUAUAUUUCAAUUUCAAUGAUAGUUUAUGGUACAUAAGAGGUGUGGUUUGCGGACAUGACCCAGAAAGAACUGAUUUAAUAACAUAUUCUGAUGCUGUACUUUAUCUGAAUUGGUUAUCAGAUAUUUCGUCAAGGCUGUAAUUAUUUGUGAAAUUAUAUUUAUGUAAUAAAUGUUAAUUA